AUGGAUUAUUUCAACCAACUCAAGAACCGCCGUCGUUCCUCGCAGAUUAACAGUACGCCCAAGCCUGUCCUGUCGCCGGAGGAUGAGGCCUACCUACGUUCGUUAACCGCCGAGGAAUUCGUGCCGAUUCCAACGGAUCCCAAGGAACGAACCCCAGCCGAGGCGUCCCAGCAAGCAGAGACCGGUGAAUUUGCUAUCAAUGUACCCCUGCCAACGUCACCCGCAGAGGAGUUUGGGAAAGAACUUGGGGAGGAGGACAGGCGCGAGCGGAAGGGGUCAGAACCAACGUUGACGAGAUCGGAGACACCACAGUCCGAGAGCAAGAAAGCUCCCCAGAAGAAGAAGCGAUGGAGCGCUAUGUUCUGGAAGAAGAACACAGAUGGCAAGGACAAAGAUGUCAACGAGUCAGCAAAGUCACAGAUAAAAACAUCGACUCCUCCCGCGACGUCAGAGACCUCAACAAACGGGCAAAGUGCAGAGAAGGACAAGGAUGCAGAGGACAUGACGGAUAUUCUGGAGCGGCUGAACCUAGCAGCAGACAAUAACCGCGUGUUCUCUAUUAGUGACGAGACUCAAGAACUUUUACGAAAGUUCAAGCUCAUCUUUAAGGACUUGAUCAACGGAGUGCCGACUGCCUACCGUGACUUGGAGAUGCUCUUGACCAACGGAAAUCGUCAACUGCAAGAUACUUACACAAAGCUUCCUGGACCCAUGCAAAAGCUUAUCGAAAAGCUUCCGGAACGUUGGACUGAGACUCUAGCUCCAGAGAUGCUCGCUGUUGCUGCUGAACGCGCUGGUAAGAGCGGUGUUAGCAUGGAAAAUGUGGGCAAGGCAGCCGCCGCUGCGGAGAAGAUUGGCCUCAAUGUGCCAAGUCUGAAGGAGCUUGUUUCGAAGCCUGCUGCCCUUGUUGGUAUGCUCCGAUCGAUUAUGGCAUUCUUGCGAGCUCGAUUCCCUGCCGUCUUGGGUAUGAAUGUGCUCUGGUCACUGGCAUUGUUCCUUCUACUAUUCGUUCUAUGGUAUUGUCAUAAGCGCGGACGCGAAGUUCGCCUCGAGAAUGAACGUCUUGUGACGGAAGAAGAAAUCAACAAGCUCAAUGAAGACGCCUCUGCAGAAAGGAUCCGUGCCACUGAGACCUUGACAACCACAGCGCCCCAGGGUGCUUCUCCCGAGGAGAUUCGGGAGGGCGUGAGAAAGGUCGAGGAAGCCAGAGCUGCUCCCUCUGUCACCCCUACUGAACCCGAAACUGGGGCUGAAGAAGUUGUCCGACCAGGACCAGUACCCACUCGAUCGAAGUCUCGCCUGUCUAUCUUCGGUCGAGCGAAGACAGAUCCCAUGCCCAAUACUGCCACUCCAUAUCCUGGAACGUAG